AUGAAGCUGCCUCAGUUCCUCAGCGUCGCUGCCUUGUGCGGCUUUGCAGCUGCAAGCCCCCUCCCAGGCAAUGCUAUCGCGGAGCGCGAGAAUCUAUAUGCCAGACCCUAUGGUCUGAAGAUGAAGGACGAUGCGUUUAAGAAACGCGAGAAUCUAUAUGGAAGACCCUAUACUCUGAAGAUGGAGGACGAUGCGUUUGAGAAACGCAAUGAGUAA